AAGAUAAAGUACGUUAAUUAUUGUCAACAUGGAGAGGUGGGUCGGUCGGGUUGCGCUUGUUACCGGAGCCUCAGUGGGGAUAGGAGCGGCCAUCACAAGGGCUCUGGUCAAACAUGGAAUGAAAGUCGUGGGCUGUGCAAGAAACGUGCAACAGAUUGAGUCAAUACGUGAUGAACUGAAGGCUGAAAAGGGUCAACUGAUUCCAAUCAAAUGUGAUCUCACCAAAGAAGAGGAGAUCCUGGCAAUGUUUAAGCAGAUCCAGAAAGAUCUAGGGGGUGUAGAUGUGUGCAUUAACAACGCUGGACUAUCACACUGUGCGCCCUUGCUGUCUGGUAGCACUGCUGACUGGAAAAACAUGUUAGAUGUCAAUGUUCUGGGUCUUUGCAUAUGUACCAGGGAAGCCUUCCAACAAAUGCAGAAAAACAAAGUUGAUGAUGGUCACAUAAUUCUCAUAAACAGCAUGUCGGGGCACCGUGUAAUUCCAAAUGCAGCGGGUCAUUUCUACUCUGCUACAAAGUUUGCUGUAUCUGGAAUUUUGGAGGGCAUUAGGAAUGAACUUCAAGAGCUGAAUUCUCACAUACGGGUUACGGCUAUAAGCCCAGGGAUGGCAAAAACAGAAUUUGAAAUACGCAAUAUGAAAAGUAAAGAAGAAGGGGAGAGAAUCUAUGCAGAAUAUAAGUCUGUCAGUCCAGGGUUAGUGGCUACAGAAUUCCAGCAAAGAAUGCAUAAAAGUCCAGAAAUUGGGAAGAAAAUUUGUAGUCACUUUAAGUGCUUGGAAGCAGAAGAUUUGGCUGAUGCUGUCAUAUAUGCAUUAAGUGCACCAGCACAUGUACAGGUGCAUGACAUCUUGAUGAGACCAACUGAACAGAAAUCAUAAAUCAAAACUGAAAAAAAGCGACGAACAAUUAUUUGAUUGUUAACAAUAUACUGUCAAUUUCAUUAAUAAAUUGUUGGUUUUGAAUAUUUUUGAAUAUACAUGAGCAUCAGCUUUACUUACUGAAUACGCAUAUUUAUUUAGUAUAGUACAUGUAUGAACUAAUAAAUAAUAGAGCAGUAA